AUGACAGAUGAAGGGUCGUUGCAAUUUGUUGCACUUUUUGGACGCCAGUGCAACUUCACCUUCCUCUGGCCCUUCACUCCCAGUAUGCCGAAACGAAAGCGCACCUUUGAGGAGCUCCUCAAUGACACCUGCGGCGCUUGUCAUCAGCCUUUCAAGACGACGCAGGGCCUCUGCGCCCACCAGAGCAUGAGCAAAAAAUGCUCCUGGUACAAGAAAGGAAAAUUGAAAGCGUUGUUCGCAGUCGAAGAUGAGAGGUUAGACGACGACGUAGUGGUUGAGGAUACAAGGACAGUCGGAACGUCAAGUCCACGGGACAACGAUGGCCAUCCUCGGCACCCCCCAGACUAUUCACAUGAAGAGGAUGAAGAGGAUGAUGGCAAUGGCGAAGGAGAGGACGAUGAACUGGACUCACUGUUCGAUUUUAUUGAGGUCUGUGCGCCUUCGAAGCGGCCUGUUGAUCCAGGAGGAAAUGCAGAUGCACCCGGGCCGUCGACUGCAGGGCCUUCGACCGCAUCGACUCCGAAUGCAAGACGUACGGCGCUCUCUCUGGACGACGAUGACGAUGAGCGAGUAGUGGAUGAAGAUGAAGAGGCAGGCGUGGUAACUCAAGUCGAUUCACAAGUACGUAGGAAAUGGCUAGAGGGCAGGGAGGAUGGACGAUCAGACGGAAGUGCGGACGCCGACGCAGAAGAAGAGGGCGCGGAUGACGCAGAGGAACAGACGAAGAAUCCAUGGGCGCCAUUCGAGUCUGAGAUGGACUGGCGAUUCGCCUCAUGGGCUAUCCAGGCACAUAAUGGGGUCAAACUAUCGGACUCGGAGUAA